UUAUUUUCAUUGGUAGCGCGGCCACUAGAGUAUCUGGUCAAUAUAAUGGAGAAUCUGUGAUGAAGUUCAUUUUUCACAGUUGGUGAUGGCGGGUGUUGUCGAAAUCGACACCAUGAAGAAUUACCACAUAGCCUUUGAGAGAAUAGACCCCGAUACGAGCCGUUACCCCUACUGUAUUGUGUGGACACCUAUCCCUGUACUAUCAUGGCUGCUUCCAUUCAUUGGACACAUGGGAAUCUGCACCUCUUCUGGUAUCAUCCGGGACUUUGCUGGGCCCUACUUUGUCUCUGAAGACAACAUGGCCUUUGGGAGACCAACAAAGUACUGGAUGCUGGACGUAGCCAAGGUGUAUGCUAGUGGCUCCAACGCCUGGGACACAGCAGUGCAUGACGCCUCAGAAGAGUACAAAAACAGAAUGCACAACCUCUGCUGUGACAACUGUCACUCCCAUGUGGCCAUGGCUCUGAACCUGAUGCGCUAUGAGAACAAGACCUCGUGGAACAUGAUCAACCUCUGUCUGCUCUCCCUAGUCCACGGAAAACACGUCAGCUGUGCAGGGUUCUUGAAGACCUGGCUUCCCUUCCUCAUGUUGCUGGGUAUUAUCCUGACUUUGGCUCUGACCAUUAACCUGCGGUGACCAGCCAACCAGGUGGGAGGACACAGCUUACAGGGUGGGAAGGGGGAGGGACUCCUUGCAGGAGGGGGAUGAGGGAGAUGGGGGUUGAGUGAGGUGAGAGCACACACGGGGAGGGGGGACCCCCUGCAGGUUGGAACUUGAGGUGGGAGGUGUCACUCUACACCUACUCUAACCUGCUUGUGAGGACAGAGAGGAAAAAAAGACAUGGAACUGUGACAUCCCAGCAACAAACAAACCAAUGAGAGAAGGGCAAUAACAUCCUCCUCUCGACUAAACACAAAGCCUGCUUGUUUCUAGGACCAGGCAACCUGGCUUUCAAUGGUGGCGGAUGGCAAUUUAGUUUUUUGUUUAUUUUGGCAUUGAUGUUAAUUGUUCUUGAUGGAAGGUAGCUUACUUAUAAAUGUUUUAAUCCCCCUCCACACACAUCCCAACCCCAUGCAGUUUUCAAAUGUUUUGAUUUUCAAUUAAGUCCUACUAUGGGGGGUAUAGACCUUCAUAAUUUCUAGGUAAUGGAUGAUGUUGCAGGUUCUGUAGACUAGAGGAAUGAUGGUAGUGGUGAAGGGGGCAGAGGUUGUUCUUUCUUUCAGGGGUAGUAGUCUUGUCUCCCACAGCGACAGCAGCAUCCAUCUCUUUCUCUCUCUGCCAUGCUGAAACGAACACCCACCAUCCAUCUAAUGACAUGGGACUGAUGAUGACUCAGUGCUUCCAAUACUCCAUCUUGAUGUUUGGAACAGAAAACAUGACAUUUCCCUUUUAAUGCCUUUCAAGGAAUGUGUUAUUGCGUUGGCAUUUUAUACUUGGAUUGAUACAGUUCCUAUUUCUGCAACUUUUAAUAGCCUGUGAUUCACCAAGAGUGAUUUGUUGUUACAAUUAAUUGAAUAUAUUUACUACAUUGGAGUUUAUCCAGGAUAAUAAUUCUCAAAACUCUGCUAUAAACAAGUGAUGCUUCAUAUCUUGUAUAAUAUCUGAGUCUAAUUUAACUGCUUUUAUCUGCAUCUUAUUAAAAUAUUUCAAUUUUUCUUAACUCGAUUGACAAUUAUGUUUAGACCUGUUUUAAUGAUGGCUCUUUUUGAAACAGGAUUAUAGAUUUCAGAUAAUCUCAUUAAGUGUGGUGGAUUAUUUGGAUACUUCCUAUGGUUGCCAUGGUAACCUCUGUGGAACCCUGGACUCAUAACUCUGGACUGCAGAUGGGAAUGAAAUGCAUGAUGUUCUGGAAUGCUGCAGAGUUCAUUUGUGUUCUAGAAUGUGAGCGUGCCAAAUGUAGAGCUUCCCGGUCCCUACAGGAGAGGGAUCACCGCUUUCUGAUCUGUUCCACACGCAAACUUUAACCCCAAUGUGCCCCAGAAGAAAGAAGUACCUCUGAAACCUGGCUCUGCCUGGGUUGACAAAUUGAAAGUAAUUCAUAUAGUUGGUGCAUGGAAAAACACGGGUCUUCCUGGAUAACAUGUAUGUGCAUGAAUGGCUCAAUUUAUAUCAACCUACAUUUUUAGACCGUACCAUCUAUAUUGAUUUUGUAUGUAGUAGCCUACUUUCAAACACUGGCUAAUCCUAGAUCAGGGGUUUCCAAACUUGGUCCCGGGGCCUCCCCUGGAUGCACGUUUUGGUUUUUGCCCUAGCACUAAACAGAUGAUUCAAAUAACCAAUCAUCAAGCGUUGAUUAUUUGAAUCAACUGUGUAGUUCUAGGGCAAAGACCAAAACGUGCACCCAUGGGGGGCCUCUGCACCGCGUUUGGGAAACCCUGUCCUAGAUGAUGGUUGGCACACAAAAUCUAAUGACAUGGCUUUCUUCUGCGGUGGCAGGUUCAAAUCCCCUCAUUGUUUGAGUGAAAGCGCUGAGCCUUGAGCCUUUUCUCUUUAUCUGUGGAGCUGCCAGAAGCAGCAGGUAGCCUGCUGGCUCCUCCAGGUUUACACACCCAUACCCUUGUCACACUACCGAGCUGUCUUUGGCUUAAUAUCCUGUGGUCUCCUCCUGUGCCAGAGAAAGUUUCACUCCUGUCUCAGAUGAGAUUAGGACAUAGUGAAAUGCCAAUGCAUCUCUAUGCAGCCCUUUUCACAUUCCUGCUUCUUUCUCUCUAGUUGGACUUUAUUAUUUGAAAUUCCAGUAAAUGUGAUAUAUGUCGAUCUACUACUGCAAUAACCCCAAAUUGUAUGUAAAAAAACAAUGUUUAGAUUUGUAUAGGAAGUCUAUAAAGAUCCUCCUUUGCUUUCCAUUACAUUCACAGUCAAGGCAGUUUUACACUACUUCUGUACCUGUUGGUGAUUUUAUGCGAGAUGCCAAUUCUUUCCAGGGUAUUUACAUUCCUUUGGUGUGCUUAUGGCGUCUUUCUCAUCUUUCUUCUUCCUUUCAUGUUCAUGUGUGAAUAUUAGACCAAGUGCUAUUGUCUUAGGUUUGAUUAUAAUCUCAAAUAUCCUGUUUAAUUUUCUGUUUUAAUUUAUAUUGUAAAUUAACUAUCCUCCUUAAUUCCCUUCAUUUUCUACAUGCAAUGCCAUAUGAUACAAUAUCAAAACUCAUCACUGUUCUGCAAUGAAGCAAUUUUGUGCCUGAAUGCAUGAAUGCGUGUGUGUCAAAAGACGCGUGUGGGCGUGUACAUGCAUGACGGCCGGUUGUGCAUGUCCUGGCUGCGUGUUCUAUGUCUUUGUGGACAUAACUAUUUUCUUGAAUCCUGUGGCUUUUUGGGGAAUUGACGAUAACUGCAUAUGAUAUAUUUAUUACCCAAAUUGUUAUCUAAAAUGAUGUAAAUUGAUAAGGUUAUAGUACGUAAUAAACUAGACUGUAAUGAACCUUUUUAAAUGAUCCAUAGUUGACCCAAGUUUCCCAGUCUUGAUAUUAAUUGUGUCUACACUCUUAGACAAAAGGGUUCCAAAAGGAUGCUUCAGCUGUCCCCAUAGGAGAACCCUUUUUGGUUCGGCGUAGAACCCUCUGUGGAAAAGGUUCUACAUGGAACCCAAAGGGGUUUUACUUGGAACCAAAAGUAUUCGACCUGGAACCAAAAAGGAUUCUUCAAAGAGUUCUCCUAUGGACAUCAGGUCAAUCUUGAGGGAAUCUUAUUUGAGUCCGAUAAGGAUGUUCAUAUGAUAGGCUCUCUGCAAGGUAUUGUAUAGUUUACCUAUCCAACUGACAAUCUCUUAGGAAAAAAUAUAAAUGAUCAGAACCAAGACUUAAAAAUAACUGAUAUUGGAACAAGAUGGAGGGUAUGUUGGAUCAUAACAAGGUUACAGUUAACUAAAAUGUAUGCAUAGAAUUUAUUAUACAAGAGACAACAUUCACAAGUUCUAAAGCACAAUGGCAAGAAUCAUGUCUGAAGUGUAAAACUAAUAAUUACUCAAUCCAUGCCUUCUGGGAAUGCUAUAAAGUCAGAAAGUUAUAGGCGGAGUGAAAGUUGGCUGUCAGAAGUAUUACAGUGUAAAUGUACUUUUAAUCCAUCUGUCUGUAUAUUUUAAGACAUGGUAUACUGUAUGAGGGUGCAGUGAGAUACCCAAUGGGUUGGACCAUACAUUUCUCGCCAAUCAUCUUUAAAAAAAAUUAUACUUAAAGACUGGAAAUCGACCAAUACUCCGUAAUUUACGCAAUGGAAAGUUCAAAUGCUUUAUCUAAAUGUUGAAAGUGCGUGGGCUACAGAGAGAAACAAAAUGGUGCCGUUUGAGGCCGUGUGGCAUAAAGGGAUGUGGGCGCUGGAGAUGGGGGUGUGUGCUAGUGGGUCUGGGCAGGUGUGAUGUAAUUGAUGUUUGUAUGAUGUUUUGUAUGUGUAAAUUGUUUUUAAAAUUUAAGUUCUCCAGUGGGGACAGCCGAAGAACCCUUUUAGGUUCUACAGUAGCUCUUUUUUUUCAAAGAGUGUAGGAGGUGCCAUGUAAUAGAAAGGUAGAUUAAAACUAACAGCAGAAGGAUUGCAUCUCCUUUCUGACGUCAUUGAUGACUGAUAUUGUCGUUGAGUGAUGAGCAUCACCUGAGAUGCAGGAGAAUAGCUCUGCUCAGUGUUAACAAACCGACUGGGGCUUGAAAACAGUGCUUAAGUACCAAAAGUGGUCCCUGUUUUUUGUGUACUGUCAUCAAAUUGUGUACUAUGUCAUCCAUUUUGUAUCAUACACUAUAAAGAGUAUUCAGAC